UCUCACGGUUACUCCGUGCUGCUUCAUGUUUCCCCGCAACCUGCUUCGACGCAUUCCAAAAAGCACGAGCUUGCAUUGGCAGAAUGUAGCUGCGAAAAGAAUUUCAUUGCUAAUAAGAUAUGCCCCAUUGACAACACGGGCUCCGGUGGCCACGCGUUUUUACGUGUGCAGACGGACAUUGAAGCGAUACCAUGCACUUUCUGACGCAACCAUGACAACCUUACUCGAACGGCUCGAGGAUUUACUUGACGCAGUAGGAAAUGACGCGUAUGAAGUAGAUUACCAUAGCGGCGUCCUAACGCUCAACUUAGGGACCCAUGGGACAUACGUGAUCAAUAAGCAGCCGCCGAACAAGCAAAUAUGGCUGUCUUCUCCACGCAGUGGUCCCAAGCGCUAUGAUUACGUACCGGAAUCAGACGGCUGGCGAUAUGCACGAGAUGGAAUAGGGCUUGGCGAGCUAUUGGAGGAGGAGAUAACGGAUAUGCUCCGAACGAAAGUCUCCCUGCACCUAGAGGGUGUAUCUGCGCAGAUACAGGAGUAGACUUGUUACGGAUAUAGAUUGUCAUUGCGAACUCUUAAUUGAGGAUUGACGGGGUGAUUCCGUUGAUAGUACUUCGAAGCUUCGUUACCUACCCAUAGCGGUCUCUAUUUGCGAUGCACGAUAGUACAGUAUGUGAUAGUGGUGUAAAAACAAUGCGCCCCAGAAUGCUCAUAUGUAGAUG